AUAGUGACUCUGGGUCAUAUGACGGAAAUAAAACUGGCACAGUUUCGCGGAAAGGACCUAAAACGUCGUUUUGUUACCGAGCUACCUGUGGGACAUUUGGACUUUGUGCAGUGAUACUUUGUGUUGUUCCGUUUCUGGACACACAGUCAGGGGAACUGUAAAUGUGACGCUCCUUCAACAUCCUCAUUCGAGCAGCUGCAGUUUGCGGAAGCUCACCUGUCUGUCAUCAUGCUAACCGUGUUUGUUGUUGUCGUUGCUCUUGUUUCUCAAACUGCGGCUCGCUACACCCCGGACUGGACGAGCCUGGACGCCAGGCCGUUGCCCUCAUGGUACGACGAAGCCAAACUGGGAAUUUUCAUCCACUGGGGCGUGUUUUCUGUGCCCGGCUUUGGCAGCGAGUGGUUCUGGUGGCACUGGCAGGGCCAGCAGCCCCCGGACCAGAAAUAUGUGAACUACAUGUCCCAGAACUACCCACCAGGCUUCACCUACCCAGAGUUUGCUCGUCAGUUUCACGCGCAGUUCUUCAAUCCGGAUGAGUGGGCGGAUAUUUUCAAAGCUUCUGGUGCAAAGUAUGUGGUCCUGACUGCCAAACACCACGAAGGGUUUACUAACUGGGAGUCUCCAAACUCAUGGAACUGGAAUUCUGUUGAUACUGGUCCUCACAGGGACCUGGUGGGAGACCUGGCAGAGGCAGUGCGCAACAGGUCACUGCACUAUGGACUCUACAAUUCCUUGUAUGAGUGGUUCCACCCUCUCUAUCUCAUUGACAAGAAGAAUGGCUUCAAAACGCAGGAGUUUGUGCUGCAGAAACUACUUCCAGAGCUUUAUAACAUGGUUGUAAGGUAUCGACCUGAAGUCAUCUGGUCUGACGGAGACUGGGAAGCACCUGACACCUACUGGAACUCUACCGAAUUCUUGGCCUGGCUCUACAACGAGAGCCCGGUUAAAGAUACCGUUGUGACUAAUGACCGAUGGGGAGCUGGCUGUGCCUGUAAACAUGGCGGCUACUACAACUGCGAGGACAAGUACACGCCGGGCCAGCUGCCCACACACAAGUGGGAGAAAUGCACAUCUGUGGAUACUCUUUCCUGGGGUUACCGUCGAAACAUGAAGAUGAACGAACUUUUGCCAUUGGCUGCGCUUAUCGAGGAUCUGGUCCGCACUGUGGCUUUUGGGGGUAACUACCUUCUGAAUGUGGGUCCCACACCUGACGGGAUGAUCCCCCCUUUGUUUGAGGAGAGGCUAAGAGGUCUUGGAGACUGGCUGGAGGUCAACGGGAAGGCCAUUUACUCUUCCAAACCCUGGAGGGUGCAGUCAGAAAACACCACUGUACCAGUUUGGUAUACAUCUAAGGGGUUGACAGUCUAUGCCAUCCUAACAGCCAAACCCCCAAUGAGCACAGUGAAACUGCUGGCACCCAAAGCUUCAGCCAUCACACAGGUGUUCUUGGUGGGGAAUCCCACACCUUUAUCUUGGGCCCCAGUCAACCCCGGUGGUGGCCUUGUUGUCCUUUUGCCAGAGCUGCCUUACACUCCUGCUCAGGCAUGGACGCUUGAACUGGACUUAGUGCAGUAAGCCAGCGGUCCCCGACCGGUACCGGUCCGUGAGUCGUUUGGUACCGGGCCAUGAGAGUUGAGGCUCAGGUGUGAAAUGUAUGGUUUUCAGGGUUUUUAUCGGUUUUCAGCGUUAUUUUG